AUGGACUCCAACACGGCACUCCCGUCGGACCUCAACAUUCUCGAUCGCCUGGCUCUUCUCCCCAUCGAACUCCAGUGCGAGGUUCUCUUCCAUUUUUUAACGGAAAGCAGCCCCUGCGCCAUGUCACUCUUCGUCCCGGACUGGGACGUUUGCACGCACGCGGCGGACCCCGUCAACGACAUUUACGACCUGCAGCGGAUCGACGUCUACACCAGGGGCGCAGGUGUCGUGCGAGGUAAGUUCGAGGCCCGGGUGAAGCAUGACGACGACGCCGGCGGCCACGUGGUUUUCCCGUUGGCGAAGCAGACGAUGCCGAACGGCUAUGGCGGGCUGAUGGGCGAGCUCGGACGGAUGUUCCCGGACGCGAUGGGGAGGGCUCUGCGAGACCUCGAGCGGCACGGUCUGCACUGCUUCCAGCAGCUCUGGCCGAGGGGCCCGGACGACGAGAUAGGUAAGUGCAUGGCGGGCGGGGGGUUGGUGUUCCGCGAGCAGCGCGGCGGGACGACUGGCGAUCUGGACGCCGGACCGACCACGGUAGGCGCCGCGAUGCCUCCUCUCCGCCAUUUGAUGUUCAACGGCUUCCCCAGGGACCCUUGGCGAGACCUGCGCCUGCGGCGCAACGCGCUCACCAGAUCCCAGCUCGAGAUGAGGCUCCUCGUCGAGCGGGGCCCGGACCUUCUCGCCGUCACGUGGGGCGCCAUGACGCAGCUUGAGACUCUCUACCUCGACCUGCGAGCCUACGGGCGGGGGCAAGUAGGCGAAGACAGCGUCCGCCUCGGCGCGAGGGCGAUGGCGUGCCUGCGGCUCGGGUCUCUCGUGAUCGCUGGGCUGCGGAGUGGCGAGCGGUACGCGAGGCCGGCGGGCUGGCAGCUGUACGACUGGGAGACGGACGAGGCGGAGGCCGGGGGCGGGGUGAACUGGGUCAAGGUGUUUUGCGGGGCCGUCAGGGAGGGCGGAAGAUUGGUGUUCGUUGAUCGGCGGAUGUUGGAUAUCAGCUGGGAGGGGUGGAGGAUGAGGGCGGAGAAGGAGGGGUUGCUGUCGCCCGAAGCCGAGGAGACGGUAGUGACCGGGGAGUCGGAGAACGCGGCGUAUAUGAGGCACGUAGUGAAGGUGCUGACGUAG